UCAGGCCGGGCUGGGCAACGUGGCGGAGGGAGAGCGCAGGCCCCAGCUCUGGGGAAAGUUUGUCCGUCACUGCUACUGUGGGGAUUUGACCAGGACGUGCAGUCCCCAGAGCCCAGCCCGCCCGCUUAGCGCCACUCUAUCGCUAUGGGCCUUCGCCCGGCUGUCCUCCCACUCUGUGCCUCUGUGUCUCUGCUGGGUGGCCUGACCUUUGGCUAUGAGCUGGCCGUCAUAUCCGGUGCCCUCCUACCACUACAGCUGGACUUCGGGCUGAGUUGCCUGGAACAGGAGCUCCUGGUGGGCAGCCUGCUCUUGGGUGCUCUCCUCGCCUCCCUAGUCGGGGGCUUCCUCAUUGACUGCUAUGGCAGGAGACGAGCCAUCCUGGGAAGCAAUGUGGUGCUGCUGACUGGCAGCCUGAUUCUGGGUCUGGCCGGCUCCCUGCCCUGGCUGCUCCUGGGCCGUUCAUCUGUUGGCUUCGCCAUCUCUCUGUCUUCCAUGGCUUGCUGCAUCUACGUGUCAGAGUUGGUGGGGCCGAGGCAGCGGGGUGUGCUGGUGUCCCUCUACGAGGUGGGUAUCACUGUGGGUAUCCUGUUCUCUUAUGGCCUCAACUAUGUCCUGGCUGGCAGCCCCUGGGGCUGGAGGCACAUGUUUGGCUGGGCAGCUGCACCUGCCCUCCUACAGUCACUCAGCCUCUUCCUUCUCCCUACUGGAGCAGAGGGCACUGCAGCCCCCCAAGACUUCAUCCCACUCCAGGGACAGGAGACCAGCAAACUGGGCCCGGAGAAGCCACGGUACACCUUUCUGGACCUCUUCGGGGUCCAGGGUGGCAUGUGGAGACGGACUGUAGUGGGGCUGGGGCUGGUGCUGUUCCAGCAGCUAACGGGACAGCCCAACGUGCUAUAUUAUGCCUCCACCAUCUUUCGCUCCGUUGGCUUCCAUGGGGGCUCCUCAGCUGUGCUGGCUUCUGUGGGGCUUGGUACUGUGAAGGUGGCUGCCACCCUGAUCGCCACGGGGCUGGUGGACCGAGUAGGCCGUAGAGCCCUUCUGCUCUCUGGGUGUGCCCUCAUGGCCUUGUCAGUCAGUGGCAUAGGCCUAGUCAGCUUUGCUGUGUCCCUGGACUCUGGCCCCAGCUGCCUGGCCACAUCCAACGCCAGCCAGCAGGUGGACCUGCCUGGAAGCUCGGGUCUGCUUGUGCGUUCAUCUCUACCACCAGUGCUGCACCCCAGUGGGGACCAAGGACAACCAAUCCUGUCAGUCAUCAAGAGACCCAUCUAUCCAGUCAUCACAGCGUCCCUGGGACCAGCUGUGAAUACCGCCUCCUCAGUUCCCACCAGUCCCAUCCUGGAGCAUACCCUGCUGUGCUGGUCUGCGCUGGUUUGCAUGAUGGUCUAUGUGAGCGCCUUCUCCUUUGGGUUUGGACCAGUAACCUGGCUGGUCCUCAGUGAGAUCUACCCAGUGGAGAUCCGAGGGAGAGCCUUCGCCUUCUGCAGCAGCUUCAACUGGGCAGCCAACCUCUUCAUCAGCCUCUCCUUCCUCGACCUCAUCGGUGCCAUCGGCCUGGCCUGGACCUUCCUGCUCUAUGGGCUGACUGCUGUCCUCGGCCUGGCUUUCAUCUACUUACUAGUUCCUGAAACGAAAGGACAGUCGUUAGCUGAGAUAGAGCAGCAGUUUCAGAUGAGCAGGUUCCCUCUGAACUUUGGCCACAGGCAGCGCAGCCGUGUUCAGUACCACCGCCUGGACGUCUCCUCCUGACCCCUCCUGGACAUCCCAAGGGGUCUGUCUGCUUGGAAGGUGCUGGGACACUGGUUUCUGCAGGCCAUCUCCAGCUCCCUGCCUGUUGGGGCCUGGGACUCAUGACCUAGAUUUCUUUCUGUAGUGAGCCCUGCUCCAGAGGCUGCCUCUUGCCGGGGCGAGAGUUCACAGCCAAACCCUUCGUUUUGAGUGUGAGACACCAAAGGCUCCAGAAGACCUAGCUCCAUGUCUCAGUUUCCCCAUGGAGCUGGCUUGUCUGCCAUGUUUAUAACGACGUCCUCUGUGUUGUGUUCACCAUGUGCUUCUCAGAUGACCUGGGAAGGAAGUGUCUCCUACUACUGCCCUGGACCAGCAGAGUCUGUGAGCCUCUGCCUUCCUCGUGCCCUUGCCCGGGGUCCUAGUGCUGUAUUCAUCACCCACUACUCCCAGCACUCGGGAGACUAAAGGACUGAGUGCUUUAGGCCAGGCUGGCUUCAAACUGAAACCUUGUCCAACCAAAUCAGUAGGUGAAUACAAAAACCAAACCCGUGUCGCCACCUCCUAAUGUCUCUGUUGCGCUUCUCCCUCCUCCUCUCCCUCCUCCCUGCCGCUGUGAUGUCCUCAUGCGUGUCUGAUGGAGGUGGAGGCAGGUGCCGUGGAUUUUACUGCUCCUGUUCUCAGUGUCUUCACAAUGAGCCAGCCCUGUGCAUGUCUUUAUAUUCCAGAGAUUAGGGAAUACUGCAGACCAGGGCUUGGUUUAUGGUUUGAUUGAUUUUUUUCUUCUGGAGUUGUGAACUGCUGGGUCAAGUGUUAAUUAUAUAAAUGAAACUCAAAGGUUCCUCCCGUGUGGAGCUGAUAUGUUGAAAACAUCGCAGAAAAUGGGGCGUGUGUGAAAAAAAUCCCCCGCCGACCAGUUUAGCAGAUGCUUGCUCUUGGCCUCGGUGGAGGGAGCCCCAACUGCACACUGACUCCUUACAGAACGCCCUUCAGAUGAAGUGUUUCCUCACACAAAGACGUGUAAUUUACAAGUGUAUUUUAAAAUAAAUUAUUUUGAA